AGUCCAACAUCACAUGACUUGAAGACUCCAGGAAGACUUUUUAAAGGCCUUGUGGAAACUGUGACAAAAGUGUGUUUCAGAUAUGGAGAUUAGCUUUGUGUUACUGUGUCUGACACUUGUAGCCACUGUAGCAACAGUGUCUGCUGCAGCAGAGGUAGGAAUCAUAGAAAGCCUCAUACUGGCUACUCAGCAGCGUCCUUGGCUCUGGAGUGUCUAUGUGUUUACCGUCGGCCUUCCUGUCAUUCUCUUUAUCAGCUUCAUGUGGCCUGAUAAGAGGUUUGGUCCACCCGAUCAACAAUAUUAUUAUAAGAAGUGUGAUGAAGCACAACCUGAUGAUCUUGAGGUCUCAAAGCUGAUACAGUCCAAGGAUAUUACGGGAAAGUCAGACAAAACUGUAACAAGGAGGAGAGAUGCUCAAGUUAACCAGAGGAAGUCUGACCUAGAUCUGAAGGGUCAUUGCUAACCCCAGAAGAAACAGAAGUCCUUCAAACUUAGGAUUGUGUCUUUGGCCAAGUCUACUUCUGGACAGAGCAGUCGCCCUUUGGCUUGUGAAAAUAGUACAUUCUCCCAACAGCAAGGGUGGAUUAGAUGUUUGGAGUGGAUCUGGAAACAUUUUGUUUCACUUUGUUUGUCCUUUUUGUAUGUAUGAGAACACAAAAAACACAAAAACAAAAUGAUCAAAGCUAUGGUUCUUUUAUUCUACCAAGUCUAUUAAAUUCUAUUUGAGCCUAUUAAAUAGCCUAUUUGAGAUGGAAGAAACCUCCACCAGAACCAGGCUCAGGUGAAGGAAAGAUAAUUUGCAAAAUGUUAUUCAUGUACGUAGUUAUUGAUGUGCCACAGACUGAUCACAAGAAUCACACUAAACCAUGCAGGUGUUGUAGCUUCAUAUUUGUUCACUCAGUGUGUCUAAUAAAUGUUGAAACGCUUCCAGAAGAGAAACUUUGCAACAUUUUGUGUAACGUCACAUAAUAAGCAUGUGGCGCCCUCUGCUGACAGCAGGCAGCAGUGACACUACAGGACCAGAGACUGGACCUCAAUUACCCCACAGACAUGAAUCCAGCCAUCAUAUUCAUGCUGCUGCUGAGAAAGAACAUGACAUUGAAGGCAGUUUAGUUUAAACUUGUGGAGGCCUAUAGUCCUCCACUAAACCAGCUAAACUAUGAAAGUGAGUUCAUAUGUGACUGUGUAUAACAUGUGUGGGACCCUUCCUUUACUUCUAUUUGUAAGCAUUUACACUGUCACAUGUUGUUUAAGGUAAAGUAAAACAUGAAUAAAACAUUAGCUCCCA